UAAGACUAACGCUGUCGGCCCGCGGACCCCAGAGCUGCGCUCAAAGCUGCAGCCCGGGACGUGGCUCCCCGGCGGAGGAGGGCGAAGGGACUGCGCGAUGGCUCCGCGGGGACUCCCGGGGUCCGCCGUGCUCGCCGCUGCUGUCUUCGUGGGAGGCGCCGUGAGUUCGCCGCUAGUCGCCUCGGAUCAUAGUGGCAGCCAUCCGUUACCCUCCAAAACCCAGACGACACCCUCGCCCACAAACAACACUGGGAAUGGACACCCGGAAUAUAUCGCGUAUGCCCUUGUCCCUGUGUUCUUCGUCAUGGGUCUCUUUGGCGUCCUCAUUUGCCACCUGCUUAAGAAGAAGGGCUAUCGAUGUACAACAGAAGCUGAGCAAGAUGUUGAAGGAGAAAAGGUUGAAAAGAUAGAGUUGAACGACAGUGUGAAUGAAAAUAGUGACACCGUUGGGCAGAUUGUCCAAUACAUCAUGAAAAACGAAGCAAAUGUUGAUGUUUUAGCGGCAAUGGUAGCAGAUAACAGCGUGUGUGAUCCUGAAAGCCCAGUGACGCCCAGCACUCCUGGGAGCCCGCCGGUGAGCCCCGGGCCCUUGUCACCGGGGGGCACCCCAGGGAAGCACGUCUGCGGCCACCAUCUGCACACAGUGGGGGGUCCCGUCGAGCAGGACGUGUGCCAUCGCUGUAGGCACAAGCGGUGGCACUUCAUAAAACCCACCAACAAGUCCAAAGAGGGUCGCCCGAGGCGCCAAGGAGAGGUCACCGUCCUCUCUGUGGGCAGGUUCAGAGUUACGAAGGUGGAACCCAAGUCCAGUCAGAAGGAGCGGAGAAGUUUGAUGUCGGUCAGCGGGGCCGACAGUGCCAACGGGGAGGUGCCGGGGACGCCUGUGAAGAGGCAGCAGAAUGAGACCGAGCAGCAGAUAUGACUAUAUGUGAAGAGUUCUAAAAGACUAAGAACUUAAAACAUGUGAAGUUGCCUAGGGAAUUAUUUUUUAUCUUUUAUACAAUUUCUAUGGUAGAGUCUACAGGCAAGUGGAUGAAAGCUAAAAGGGAAUAUUGUUGCUAUGCUGGAUACAGAAUUCAGUUUGCUUUGAAACAAAUUUUGGUUUAAAAAAUAUCUGAUGAAAAAUUUUAUUCCAUAUCCAAGGAGGAAAAGAGCUCAUUUUUUUCAUCUUCCCAACCACUGUCCCUCCCAAUCCCCCAUCCGUGGCCUUGAUGUACACACUGCAGUUUCUCCAGUACGAUCACGAUGUACAGUGGAACUAUUUGUGUACGGCCUGAGCUAAUGCUCAGGGUGUGUGUGUGCGCACGCGUGUGUGUACACGUCUGCGUACUGUACUUCUGUUCCCUCAACCCUUGGAUCUCAAUUUUGUUACUGGUUGUGAGAUGAUCCUCUUACAGUUUACCUGUAAUAGAAAAUAAAAGAUGCAUCUUUGGUAGUGAAGGCUCCUUGAAGACGUAGUCUAGCCCUGGGUACUUGAUCCCCCCCCCAAGAGAUUAUGGACUCAGAGGGAACCAGAUGCUAGACUUUGGAUUCGGAGACCAGAAAUCAGCACUGACCUGCUACCAGCAUGCCACUCCUAGGUCACUUAUAAAAUAUUGAGUUUUUUUGUUUUUUUUUAACUCAAGCUAAGCAAAUCUUAUUUAGCCGUUGGAUAAGGAGGAAAAUGGUUUAAAGUCACUAUAAAAAAGUCUUGUCUUGAUAACUCAAGACCAAAACAAAACAAUCUCACUUCUGAUGUAAGGUGGGCCCGCACCUUCCUCUGGUAUGUUUUCCUUGGUGGUCUUCCUGUUCUCCAUCUUGUAACUAGUGCCUAUUUUUAAAGGAUUCUUGAGGGUUACUUUCUCCUGUAGGCCUGGAAUAGCCCACUUUUUAAACACAACAACAGUGCAGUUUAUAGAACACCUGAAAGAACCCAGAGGUGAGGGAAGUAGUAUAUUUACGGUAGGUCUGGGCCGAGAGGAAAGGAGCCCAGGAGGAGGGACUUCUCCAAGACCUGCCGCCUGUCAGUAUUGCUGUGGUGCCUCGGGGCACUUCCUCUAUUGCAAAAAGAAAACACCGUUCUCAUUUACUCCCAAAGAUAAUUCUUAUGAAAAUGUAAAGUAUUUACUGUAAGUAUACUCAUUCCAUUCUUUUUCUGGCAUCAGACUAAAAAUUUCUAACCUUUUAAGUGAGUGGUAGGUUCAGUUUCAUGUGAAUUUUUGCUGCCAACUAAUUAAAAGGUGUACGUGUGCAUGCAUAUACACAGUGGACCAGGAGAAGGCAAUAUGGAAAUAAAUAUCACUGUGCUCCAGAAAGUAGCAAUAUCAGAAUUUUGGGGGGGAGUUGUGCAUUAGUAUAAAUAAUAUACAUGCAGUCUAAACCAGUAGUUUUAUAAAAAGGAAUCAUUUUUUGUUUUAAAAAUAUCAUGCCCUCAAAAUGAUGAGGGAUAAAGGGUAAGAUAUUCUUCAGCUUUAAUUAUUUUUUAAUUUUAUUCAGGUCAGAGCACUUUUUAAAAUAACAAUACAACAGGCAAGAAAAUACUCAAAAUAUUUAAAAUUGUAUUUAUACCAAGAGUACAUAUGUUUUAAAUAUUUUCUAAUACUUGAGCAGUUGCUGUCUGACUGGCUUCCAAAUAUGCCAAGAGUUAAGCAUUCAAUAUUUUCAACAUAUGCGCUUUUUACUGGUUUAUAUUAUCUAAUAAGAAUCCUUAAGUGUCCCCAGUGCAACUGAUGUUUACAGGCCUUUUGUGUUUUUCCUCCUUCUUUAGGAGGCUUGGGGAGCCACAACAAAGUUACUGUAUAAAACACUAAUGAUGGACUAACUUCUGAUGUAAUAAAUGAGUCAGCUACCACCUCGAUGUAAAAAUUUGUAAAGGGAAUUUUUCACCAUUUUGAGUGUUAAAUGUAUUUUUAACUGUCUGGUUUGUACUUCUACAACUUUUGUACUACCAAAGAAGAGUUAAAAAUAAAAAUGUUAAACGCA